AUGUUCGGGACCUUGGAACGCAGGCGCAGUUCGCCCUCUGGGCACAACCUCGCGUGUCCUUUGCUUGGAGAGUAGAGCGCCUGUGGAGCGUGAGCCGGGCGAGACGAUGGGGCGCGGCUCGAAUUGCUCUGUGAGGGUUGAAUGGAUUGUUGCAGUCGCAUUUGCUGCAGGAACAGCAGCUAUUGGGUAUCUUGCUUACAAAAAUUUUUUUAGCAAACGCAAAGGCUGUAAUGGAAUGGUGAACCUCCAUAUUCAGAAAGAUAAUCCCAAGGUAGUUCAUGCAUUUGAUAUGGAAGAUUUGGGAGAGAAGGCAGUUUACUGCCGAUGUUGGAGAUCUAAAACGUUCCCCUUAUGUGAUGGGUCUCAUACAAAACAUAAUGAUGAAACGGGUGACAACGUGGGACCUCUAAUCAUCAAGAGGAAAGACGUGUGAACAGCAGAUAGCUGAUACACCAUCAAUACGAUAUUGUUGUGUUUUCUGCUCACCAGUGAUUGGUGUGAAAGAAGAUAUUAAUUUCACCGAAGAUGUUUAGAUGUGGUAUACAAUACACUGCAGCACCUGUAGUUCAUGUUGCUUACUUAAAACACUACAAUGUGUAUGUUAGAAACAAUACCUGUGACUUGCUGAUUUUUUUGUCUUGUUAAAUGCACAUUCUCAUUAAGUGUAAAAAAUAAAAACCCUUUAGAAGGUACUUGAAACAAUGGAGAUGAUACAUUAAAUUAUUUUCAAAUACAUUGUGUUCCCCUAAAUUGUCCUUGCCAAGAGUCAUGAGAUUAAACUAUAUUUUUGUCAAUCUCUAAAUAAUAUCCAGCUUUCUGCCUUUUAAAAAAACAGAUAUGCAGCAUGCAAGGCAUCCAAAAGACCAAAAUGUAUACAUUUUAAGUAUGCAGAAACAUUGCAGUUGAAAAGUAUUCCGCACAACAUUGGCAGGCACACAGCUUACUGCCUUAUGUAUCUCUUCUUGCAUAUCUGUGGCAGGGUAGAAUGUCUGGCUGGAGGUAAGUGGCUGGGUCUGUGCAAAGAUCAUGAACUGUUUUAGAAAAGGCAGAUGACUGCAUAAGCCCAAGAAUGUGUCAGAAAAGCGGAAAAUGCUAGAAUGCACCUGUUAAUUGGCACAUGCUUUAGAAAAAGCAGGAAGUGCGUUAUAUUUCAGAUGCUGUAGGACAUGCUACUGGAGAGGACAUCACCCUAUUCAUGUGGAAUGAAACAGAAAAACAACCCAAUCUGUCAAGUUCAGAAUUACACCCCCUGGGAUAUGAAAGAAGACCAGGUGGCUUGUGCGAGUAUGGAAAGAUAUAGAGGAUCAACUGGACUGAAUAUGCAGAGAUUCAGAUGCUGAACAGUAGAACUUUGUGAAUUAAAAGCUUUAGUAGGAAGACAGCAAGGAAAAAAACUGAAGGGACAUUCCAGCGCCACUAACUGGUAUAGGAGUGGAAGAAGAAAGCAUACUUUAUAUACUUGUGGAUAAGCUGAGGAUUUUAGAUGCCAAAAUGCACCCCAAUAAUUGGGCUUAUCUUAUGUGUGGAUGGGCUUGUGAGAAUAUAGUGUGUGGUAAUACUUUUUUAACCAAGUUUUUAACCAGAAUACCAUGAAAAAUGUGGGUCAACGUAUACAUGGAUGGCAUGUUUUUCAUGGUAUUUUGGUUAAAAAAUUGAGGGCCAAUUUAUCCUUUAACAGGCUUAUUAAGCAAGUAUAUAUGGUAAUUACAAACAAAGUGAGAGAGAUGAAACAGGACUAUUAAGAAGGUUGCAACUUGAUUUGUGUGUAUUUCUUAUUCUAACCAGAUAUAGAAAAACAUACUGGUUUUGCAAAUAAUGUUUUCACUUGUAUAAAUUACUAGAUCACACUGCAUUAAGGUUUAGUACCCUGAACAAAAUCCCUCAUUUGUUUAAUAAUAGGCUCUGGGUGUGUCUAUAUUAGUUCCUAUCCUGAUCCACUCUCUGACAAUAUUGACUCCUUGAGCAGUAAACCAAUAUUCCAAGUUCUGCUACCUCAGCUGGUUAGGAACCAGAAUGCCUGGUUUUCUGUCCUUAAUGGUAGUAAUAAACCAAUAAAACAAUUCUACAUUGUUUACUGGCUAGUGUAUUACACUAUGAAGUAAAGCAGUUCUGUCCAGUUUUGGGGGAGGAGAAGAAUAUUGGGAGGGAGUCCUUUGAAAAAAGAGAUAGCUGGAGUCCUAAAUGAAGAGCUUACUUCAGGCAAAUUGAAUUAUUUAGCUACAGAGUGGUUAGAAUUGUAUUAGGGUUUUUUUAAAAUUAGAGUGGCUUUUUUAGUAUUUUUAUCUUUUUAAAGUGCUCUUGUGUAUCCUCUUUUGGUACCUUUAAUAAAGUUGAAUUUUGCUUAAA